AUAGCUAGCUUUAGCUAAAACAUGCAAAAGCUCAACCAAAACACCAAAAGCAGUUUUUUCUUCAUUGCUUAUCCCCUUAAUUAAUUAUCAAGAAUCCAAAUUAAGUAAUGGGAUCUGAAACCCCACUUAGGCUUCCAGUGAUAGACUUCUCUGAGGGAAACCUAAAACCAGGUACUGAAGAGUGGGAUUCAGUGCGAUCCCAAGUUUUCGAAGCACUAAAAGAAUAUGGUUGCUUUGAGGCCUUUUAUAACAGAGUUCCGUCUGACCUUAAAAAGGGCGUUGUUGGUGCGAUAGAAGAGCUCUUUGAGUUGCCAUUGGAGACCAAAUUGAAAAAUGUCUCCAAGAAACCUUUUCAUGGGUAUGUUGGACAGUACCCUCAAGCUCCAUUAUUUGAGAGUAUGGGCAUUGACGACGCCGAUGUGCCUGAAAAUGUUGAUAGCUUGACCAAUACCUUGUGGCCUCAAGGAAAUCCCGCUUUUAGCAAGACUGUGGUUUCAUACUCGGAGCUAGUAUCAGAACUGGAUCAAACAGUCAGGAGGAUGAUCCUUGAGAGCUUGGGUGUUGAGAAAUACUUAGAUGAACAUAUGAACUCUACAAACUAUCUUUUAAGAGUGAUGAAAUAUAAGGGUCCACAAACCACAGAGACAAAGCUUGGCCUACAUCCUCACACUGACAAAAACAUCGUCACCAUAUUAUACCAAAACCAAGUUGAUGGGUUAGAGGUAAAAACCAAAGAAGGUGAAUGGAUAAAUGUUAAACUUUCACCACAUUCUUUUGUUGUCAUGAUUGGAGAUUCUCUCUAUGCAUGGGCAAAUGGUCGAUUGUACUCUCCAUACCAUCGAGUUAUGAUGAGUGGAAAUGAAGCAAGGUAUUCUGCUGGAUUGUUCUCGAUACCAAAAGCUGGUUACAUGGUAAAAGCUCCAGAGGAGCUAGUUGAUGAACAACAUCCUCUGCUCUUUAAGCCAUUUGAUCAUGUAAAGUUCCUUGGAUUCUACUAUACAGAGUCCGGUCAGAAAUCUGAAUCUGCUCUGAAGGCUUAUUGCGGUGUUUAAUGUUUGAAACAUUAUAGCACCUUAUCUACUAGUAUAAUAAUAUCAUGUCCAAUAAUAAUAAAUAAUUUUCAAAGUUGUCAAUUUGUGUAACCUGCUUGAUAUUUCUUUUUUUUAGCAAUAUGUAUAAUAA